AUGCCCGCUGAUGACCCAUUCUCGUUUCUGCCCGAGCAGCCUCAGCCUCAAGCCAAACCCAAGAAGCGCGAUUGGCGCGAGAAGCUCUUCUCCAAGGAUAAAAGCAAAGCUGCUGCGCAGACAAAUAGGGAGAUUGCAGACUUCUUGAGUACCUCACGGGCCCCAGAGCCAGCCCCAGCACCCCCACCAAACGACCCGAGAUACGUGCCUCCGCAGAACAACUACGCUCCCCCAGACCUCUCGGGCUACCAGUCGAAGCCAGUCGCCGCGCCUGCACCCGCAGGACUUCCUCAGGAAAAUUACACCACCGCCGAUUUCCCAGACCACCAGCAUGCAUCUGCCCUUGCCCCCGCCCCUGCCAAGCCUCAUGGUCGCAAAGGCAAAGGGCUGCGAGUCGGCUUCAGUAACCAGACACCGGAGGUGAUUGGAGAAGGAGGGGACGAGUCAGAGCAACCUACGGUUGAGAUAUCUGCGACUCGCCAGAAAUCGCAGAGCAGAACUCAGUUGGGCAAUCUCUCGCAAAAUCCCUCGCGAUCUCAUUUACCGGACCUACGACUCGACACAUCGCUGGGCGAUGGCGAAUCGCGACCUCGGCGAGCAGGCUCUUCGCCUCGACGUGAUGACUGGAAACCGCCUCUGAUGCAGAACACGCAGGAUUCGGACUUCUUGAGGACUUUGCCUCUGAGCGAAAGCGGCUCCAGGCUGUCCUUCCGUGGGGACAGCGAAGAGAGCGCAUUCGCGCAGCGAGUGCGUGAUAAGAUGCAAGCGGAGGAAGGACGUGCCCUUCACCAUCGUUAUGAUGAAGAUACAUCAUCUCCAGGUGUCGAUGACGAGGACCUACCCACCCCUCCGAGCCCGCCUAGCCCUGAACCGCCUUUGAAAGGCCAUCACGACCUUCAUGAUUCCGAAUCCACCUACGAAACAGCCCCAACAUCAGCCACGUCUCAUGCGCCAUCGGUCUCUUUAUCAAUGAUGUCGAUUGUAGACUCAAUCCGAAAUCCUCCUAGCCCCGCAGUACACCGUGCGCCUGCACCGACAAGCCUCAGUCCCAUUGAUCCCCGAAUGCCUCCAAACCUCAUCCCCGGUAGCCCUGGCAAGGUUUCUCCUACGCUCACAAAACCCCCUCCUCCGACCUUGCCCGAUAUUAACCCUGUUGCGCCUCUCAGUGGCAAGGGCCAAGAGCCUCCCCAGGAGCCUGCGCGUACCUCCCAACCGCCCAAGUUUUCUAUCCGCAACAUCGCCAACCAGGUUGGAGAUACUGCGUUUGCCGAGUUUAGGGAAUACAACGCUCGCUAUGAGAGCCUGAUCCAGCUCGCCGCAGAGAGUGUAAAGCCAUUAAUGGAGACAUCGCUCUGCGAGUGGGUUCGUGCUGCAGUGUGGUGGUUCCUACGAGGAAAGACCCGGCUGGAAGUUUACGCUCGUUCUCGUGCAACAUUGCCGCCAAAUUUCGCGAAGCAGGCAGUGAUUGAUCUUGGAAAAGCACUGUGGAUCACUGAAAAUAUUGUUCCCAAUCAUUCAGAACUUGCCCGCUACGGUUCCAUGAGUAUUGACUCUUUGAUUGCCGUUGCAAGUACCACAGGAGACAAAAGCUUGGCCGACCAUUUGAGCAUGCACCAAACCAUCAUCAACCACCUUCGCUCACUUUCCAUGUCCAUUAAACGCAACAACAUUCUCGCUUCGGUGGUUUCGGACGAAGGUUCUCCUACACAACUGGACACUACCAUCUGGCUGCGUUACCCCUUCUACGCCCCCGAUGUAUCGGCAGUUCUAUCUGGCGCCGCAACAAGGUCAAUGCUGGCUGACACCACUGCCAAAACACCAAGCUUGGUAAACAUGAUGCCACUGGGCGACACUGGCCGCUACUUCAGCUACGGUACUUUGUUCGUGCAAGUAUGCGUCAGCUCCAGUGAUGAUGAUGGACAGCAGCAAUAUGCCAUGCCUUGCGCCCUGACCAUUGUCCGUGAACGAGCGGAUUGGUAUGUUUGCGCUGCUAUCACCAGUCAGAGUCAACUAGUCAACAUAAUGAUUCAAUCCGACCGCAAGCAAGGUCCAACGUGGGAAGAUGUGGAUUGGCAGGUCCGCUCCAACUCUAUGCAUGUGAAGCUUCCGAGAGGGUUCGAACUGGAUGUCAUGUUUAAAGAAGAAGACUUCAAGACUCUCUGGAAUAUCGUCAAGUACACAAAAAAGUCGGAGGACAGUCUCCAUCCUGAGGCGGGGGAGACCGUUGUUUUCGAAAAUACUGUGAAAGUUUUCCAAUACAUGGAUCCAGGUACUCCAAAGGCGUUCCCUGCAGACCCUGUGGAACGAUGUCGGGUGCGCUUGUUUGAGCGUUCUGUCAAGAUCACCGAAGGAACCGGUACUCGCAGUGCGCACCGUGGAUUCCGGUUGGCCGUCCUGACAAGUCCCCGGGUGAAGACUUUGAGUAGCAUCCGCCACACUUUGGGCCAUGGGUCCCCAGUCGUGUUUGGUCUUUUGCGGGGCGAAGACGGUGCCCCCGCUCUCCUCCUUAAGGUAACUGAAGAUGGCCGUACGAGGUCUAUGCUGAUGACGUUCCAUGAAGUCGAGGAGCGUGCCGAGAUGCAUUCAGUGUUGCUUGGCAUGUCACCGCGAAACGGUGAACUCAAGUCCCCUGAGUACGCCCUUACAUCCUACUGCAUUGAACAGCCUGAAGACCACUUCAGCGGCCGCCCCUCUGUCAAACAUCUGGAGUUCCCCGCUGGGAGCGUAUGCGUUAUUGACCAGGAGCAUGCCUAUGUUGAUCAUGGAUAUGGCCCAACAAUUCUUUCCGAAAAUUUGAGAGCGUUUGUUGCGACUGAAUGGGGCUCUGUUACAGAUCGCAUCAACUUGGGACCUGGUGAAUUGAAAAUCGGCUUGGAUGUUAAGCGUCCAACCAGCAUGAGUCUCUUCCGCCCUGCACAGCAGGAUAUGACACUUUCACUUGCGGAUAACCUCAUCGCCCCCGAGCUGCCAGGGAAAUUAGCAGGACUCCUGGAGAAGAUUACCACUAAACCCAUGAUUCGCCGCCUCGACUUCCCUACCAUGCAGGACCUUCAUGCCUUUGAAGCAUCAGUCACCGGCUUCCAGGUUCUUUACGACGGCAUGGCUUCAUCGUUCUCGAUCUCCCGUCGGCGCAGCAUGGUUCCAAUCUACAAGAAAUGGGAAGCCUCUCUGGCUCGAGUCCAGAUCGUUCGACAGGAGAAGGUCGUUCAACUGCUUGCCUUCUUUGGAGAAUUCCAGCAUGGAACCUGUAUGAACUUUGUGCUGAAGGGCACAGAUAUCAUGGAGUCAUUCGGCCGGUCUGGCAAAUUUGGCAUUCGCAUGGUCGAUGCCAAAUUCGCUCUCCCAAGAAAGGACGAAGACCCCGUCUCGAACUUUGUUUGUCUUGAUAUGCCUGAGUAUCCUAUUGAACAUGACGACAUUGCAAUUACUUUCGAUACUGAAGCUACCCGUGCUACCUUCAAAGCAGCUCUACCUGGAUCAGUGCGAGAGCCAUCUCGAAUGGGCUCUAUUCGCCGAUGA